CGUGGGAAGUCACGUGCAAACCCUCUGCCCACAACCCUUUGCCCUGGCCACUUUAGGAUUUCCCAUUUAUUCCCGAGUCUCGUCUUUCCAUCUUCAACCUGCACCACCCUCGCCUCCUCACCCCCCGUCACGUACGUGCCCGUCCUCGUUGCCCGUCGCGUCGUGCUCACCGUGCUUCUGCCUCCCUGCAGUUUGCAACUUACCACCACCCCAUCUCUCGUCUAUCGCAAUGGCCACUCAGUCGCGUGAAGAUUCCGUCUACCUCGCCAAGCUCGCUGAGCAGGCGGAGCGCUAUGAGGAGAUGGUUGAGAACAUGAAGCGUGUCGCGUCCUCCGACCAGGAGCUCACCGUCGAGGAGCGUAACCUCCUCUCUGUUGCAUACAAGAACGUCAUCGGCGCGCGCCGUGCAUCAUGGCGCAUCGUCUCCUCCAUCGAGCAGAAGGAGGAGUCCAAGGGCAACGAGGCCCAAGUCUCCAUGAUCAAGGGCUACCGGGAGAAGAUUGAGAGCGAGCUCGCCAAGAUCUGCGAAGACAUUCUUGACGUCCUCGACAAGCACCUCAUCCCUUCAGCCGCGUCUGGCGAGUCGAAGGUCUUCUACCACAAGAUGAUGGGUGACUACCACCGCUACCUUGCCGAGUUCGCCACCGGCGACAAGCGCAAGGACUCUGCGGACAAGUCUCUUGAGGCUUACAAGGCUGCGUCUGACGUUGCCGUGACCGAGCUCCCCCCCACGCACCCCAUCCGUCUCGGUCUCGCGCUCAACUUCUCCGUCUUCUACUACGAGAUCCUCAACUCCCCCGACCGUGCGUGCCACCUCGCGAAGCAGGCGUUCGACGACGCCAUCGCUGAGCUCGACACGCUCUCGGAAGAGAGCUACAAGGAUUCGACCCUCAUCAUGCAGCUCCUCCGUGACAACCUCACGCUCUGGACUUCGGAUAUGCAGGAGUCUGAGAAGCCCGGUGACAAGGAGGAUGAGGCUGCCGCCGAGGAGUAAACGUCUUGUACCACCUAUCCGCGCUUGGGCCGUCUCGCCAUCCUCUUGUCCGGGUAGCUUGUGUCGCCUGCUUUAAUGUCGUCCCCUUGCAUCAUUGUCACAGUAUCAUAUCCGCACCUACACUGUCGUCGCACAUCCAUUAUUUCAUCGUUCUAUUUUCUCGUUGUCUCUACUUUUUCUCGUGAUACCAGAUGGUCUGCCGUAGAGCCGGGGGACAUCAGGUAGCGUCGUAGUGGGCUCUUUUGUCGAAGUGAAAUGAAAAGGAAUCCCUCGUCUAGUCACGAAUAUUGGUGUGUGAUGCUUGUUGAGUUGUCUUCUUGCUCAGUAUACAUCUGCAUUUGGGAAGUA